GCCAACCGGCUCCAAACGUAUGCCUGUGCGUUCGGUGUGGCAAGCCGCAUCAAUCGCCGCAAGUUCGGUACCGGUCAGACGGCUUUGGACGUGGGAGGGGCCUGCGAGGGAGUGGGAGGGGCUAGGGCCGCAGGACCACUGCAGGCCACAAGGGGGCGGUCGUGUGCUUCACAUAUCCGAAACACUUGUCCCUACCACCUAAAGAAAGGAGAGAAGAAAAAGUGUCCUGAAAGACGACCUGCAGCCUUUCAGAAAUGGUAUAUCAAAGGAGCUGAUGCUGAACACGGUGCAGCGAGGUGUGGGAACACAUUACCAGGUUAUCGGGCACAAGCUCUACCGAGAACAGGACUGCAUGUUCCCGGCAAGACUAAAAACCUCUCACCAACCAAAAAGGCGGCGGUGCGCAGGUACAUGUGCCACUCGGAGGCAGUAGCCUCCAAGUUUUAUGUGCCACUUAGCACCGAGGAGGCCCGGAUGAAGAGGAGGAAGAGGAUGUACAGGAGGAAGAGUAGGUACAGGAGGAAGAGGACAGUGAAGAAGAGGAAGAAGAGGAAGAAGGCCCAGAAGAACCAGAAGAAAAAGAAGAGGCCGACCGCCACUCUGGAGAGGCCAUUCUCAGUUCUCCACGCUAUAAAACAUAAAGCAAAAGACAUUUUAAAAUAUUAAGGGAUGGGAAUUUUCUUUUUUGUGCAGUACAUUGCUUUAAUAUUUUUUUUGU